AUGCGAAUACAUGAACCGGGUUAUCGGCCUACCGAACAGGAUGUUUUGUUUAGUCGAGUUGCAACAACCGGUGUCGUGGAAGUUAAAUUUAAAAUCAAGGAACUAGAUUUCCGAGUAUUCGAUGUUGGUGGGCAGCGGUCAGAGCGUCGUAAAUGGAUCCACUGUUUUGACAAUGUAGAGUCCAUUAUAUUUAUAACUGCUGUUAGCGAAUAUGAUCAAGUGCUCUUCGAGGAUGAAACCACGGUCCGUUGCGCUCAGUUAUUUUCACACUGA